CAAUGGCCCGAGAUUUUCUUGCUAUACCUGCUUCAAGUGUUGCAUCAGAACAGAUGUUUAGCUAUGCAGGUCGUAUUAUUGACGAUAGUCAUACUUUAUUAGAUCCGGAUACAAUAACUGCAUUAAUGUGUCAAAGAAAUUGGUUGGAUAUAGCAGAUAAAUUUGGUUGGGAUUUAUAA